GGCAGUUAGGCAAAAUUUUAAGUUUCUUUCUUAACUAUAUUUUUAAGACAAUUAUGUCGUUGUCCGCGAAAUCUGUACUCAAGGAGGGCUCCACACAGUUGGACCAUAUCUGCGAGCUAGAACUUGGCCAGCAGGCCUCACAUCAACGCCUGGUUUCCUUAAUAGCUACAAUAUCCACAAGUUCCCGGAACGUGGACACCAUAUACGCCAUGAUUAAGAGAGGGGUUAAUAUAUUUCGUCUAAAUUUUUCCCACGAAUCGCAUGAGAUGCACUCGAAAACUAUCGAGCUGAUUCAUGAGGCGCUGGAGAGGAUUCUCAAGGAGACGGGUCAGAUUCGAACGGUUGCCAUUGCGGCUGACACGCGUGGGCCGCAGAUCCGAACUGGCCUGUUGGAUGGUGACGUUUUCCUGCGAGCCGGUGAAAAUCUGCGGCUCUCGAUUAAUCGGGAUCUUUACGACAAGGGCAACAAGGAAGCGGUCUAUGUAGACUAUCCAAACAUUAUUAACUUGACGAAGCCCGGCGAUCGCCUGUUCAUUGACGACGGUAGGCUCCUGCUUAAUAUCAUGGAGGUGGGCGUGGAUGGGCUUUUAUGUGAGGUCAUCCAAGGCGGUCAGCUGAACAACAACUGCAACGUGAUCCUUCCGGAGAUCGAGAUAGAUCUACCGGCCGUGUCCGAGAAGGACAUGUUCGACAUACAAUUCAGCAUAAAGCUGAAUGUAGACUUCCUCUUCGCUUCGGCGGUCCGCAGUGCUAAGAACGUCAAGGAGCUGCGCGCGGUGCUCGGUGAGAAGGGCAAGCAUAUCAAGAUCAUCGCCAAGAUGGACAGCAAGAUCGCGCUGAGUCGCUUUAUGGAAAUAAUGCGGGCGGCGGACGGACUGCUUCUUUCCCGUGCAGAUCUAGGCACUCAAAUACCCAUCGAGAAGCUCUUCAUCACCCAGAAGAGCAUCCUGGGCCAGUGUAAUAAGGCGGGCAAGCCGGUUAUAGUAGCAUCGCACAUUCUGGAGUCCAUGCGCAACCUCCAACAUCCCACGCGAGCUGAGUGUUUCGAUCUGGCCAACGCGAUCAUCGACGGAGCGGACUGCAUCAUGCUGUCCUCUGAAGUGGCCAUUGGGUCGUUUCCCAAGGACACGGUUGCCACUUGUGAUGUCUUGUGCCGAGAGGCCGAGAAGGUUCUAUGGUUUAGGGACCUUUUCUCCGAUUUGGUUAGCGAGGUGCGUGGCGAGCUGGACGCGGCCCACUCUCUGGCAAUUUCUGCGGUGGAGACGGCCAAGCGGACCAACGCCACCCUAAUAAUAGUCCUAACCACCUCGGGACGUUCAGCAACACUUGUCAGCAAGUUUCGGCCACGCUGUCCGAUCCUGGCAAUCACGCGUUGUGAACGGACCUCCCGUUGGGUCUACAUGCAUCGCGGUGUCCUGCCGGUCCUCUACACGUCAGAACCGAGUUCGGAUUACGCCACUGAUGUCGAUGCCCGUGUACAAUUUGCCCUGACCUCCGCAAAAAAGUGGAACAUAAUCGAAGACGGUGAUCCCAUUGUGAUCUUGAGUGCCUGGAAGGAUGGCGGCGGGUUCACCAACAAUGUGCGUGUGGUUUACGCAUUUUUCGAAGCGGAUCAGGUAGACUGCCUAUUCCGAUCGGAUAGGAGGCGAUCCCGCAAGAUCUCAAACCUGCAGAUGGCAAACCGAGAACAAGAAGAAAAGAAUACUGGACGGGAUAAGUGAUCAUUUCUUUUGGAAGAUAUGGUGUUUGUAUAUCCAUUUUUCAAAAAAAUAUUUGGGUUUUUUUUUAAUAAAAUUAAAAUUGUGUAGUCUACUCUAAUA